UCCAGGAAAAUAAAUCAAGUUCUGAUCCCGGUGCAGGCGGAGGAGACGCUUUCUGAAGCAAAGAUGUUCCGCAACCAGUACGACAACGACGUGACGGUGUGGAGCCCGCAGGGCCGCAUCCACCAGAUCGAGUACGCCAUGGAGGCCGUGAAGCAGGGCUCGGCCACCGUCGGGCUCAAGUCCAAAUCCCACGCCGUCCUGGUCGCUCUGAAGAGAGCCCAGUCUGAACUGGCCGCCCACCAGAAGAAGAUCCUCCACGUGGACAACCACAUCGGCGUCUCCAUCGCCGGACUGACCGCCGACGCCCGGCUGCUCUGUAACUUCAUGCGCCAGGAGUGCCUGGACUCGCGGUUCGUGUUCGACCGGCCCCUCCCCGCGUCCCGCCUCGUCUCCCUCAUCGGCAGCAAAACCCAGAUCCCCACGCAGCGCUACGGGAGGCGGCCCUACGGCGUCGGGCUCCUCGUCGCCGGCUUCGACGACAUGGGACCUCACAUCUUCCAGACCUGCCCGUCGGCCAACUACUUUGACUGCAAGGCGAUGUCCAUCGGGGCGCGCUCCCAGUCCGCCCGCACCUACCUGGAGAGGUCCAUGGACAAGUUCGCCGACUCUAAUAUGAACGACCUGGUCCAGCACGGCCUGCGCGCCCUCAGAGAAACUCUCCCCGCGGAGCAGGACCUCACCACCAAGAAUGUCUCCAUCGGCAUUGUGGGUAAGGACAUGGAGUUCGUCAUCUACGACGACGACGACGUCGCCCCGUUCCUGGAGGGACUCGAAGAGAGGCCACAGAGAAAGGUCAUCCCGCCUGCAGAUGAACCCGCCGCCGCGGGUCCAGAGGUCCCCGACGAGCCAAUGGAACACUGAGGAGGCCCACUUCCUGUCACCAGGGGGGAGUCACCCACCCACCUGACACUGCACCGCUCCACAGUAAACCCUCGGGGGGGGGGGGGGAGGCUGUCGUGACGCCUCGUCGAUCGUCGUGACGCCUCGUCGAUCCAAAACAUCUCGCCAACGUCGAUGUCGCUUUUGUACGAGCAAAAUGUCGAUUAUUCAAGAAAUAAACUCUUUUUUCUGA